AUGAAUCGGCUCUUUUUUGAACGCGAGAGCGCCUCUAUCGGGCAAGGCGCUUUUGCGAGAGCUGUCGCCAGUCGAGCGCUGCAUUCGCUCCAGCUCUGGCCUCAUGUGAAGUUUGAUGGCGGGGAUGCCGCGCCGGCACCAGUAGAAGGGGAGAGGACGGCUGGGAAGGAGAGGGCGUGGGCAUGCCAGGCUGGGGUGAAUAGUCUGGCUGUGGAUAGGUUUGAGCAUAAAUUGAUGCUGACUGGCGGAGCGGACUCCACGAUUAAGCUGUGGGACUUGGAGCAGAUUACGCCCCAGAAGAAAGACCAGACACUGAAACCCAUAGACGAAGUAAAACGAAGCCCCUCAACCCACCAAUUCGGCAUAACGCACGUAUCCUUCUACCCCUUCGAACCCACCGCCUUCCUCUCCUCCUCCUAUGAUCACGCCCUCAAGAUCUACUCCACCGCCACCCUCCAACCCUCUGCCUCUUUCACCCUAGACUCUAUAAUCUACACCCACGCCCUCUCCCCAAUCGCCUCCCAUCUCCUGGUAGCAUGCUGCACGCAACACCCCCUCGUGCGGCUUGUCGACCUCCACUCCGGCGCCUCAACACACAGCCUCGCAGGACACACUGGCGCUGUCCUCACCGCCUCCUGGUCCCCAACAAAUGAGCAUAUCCUCGUCACCGGCGGCACAGACGGCACCCUACGCAUCUGGGACGUGCGGAAAGCAUCGGGUACGCUCCGGCUCCUCGACCUCGAAGACUCGAUUGGACUCGGCGAUGGACUCGACCGGCCUAGUCGUGCGGCGGCGAAGGCGCACGGCGCUGCUGUGAACGGCAUUGAGUGGACGGAUGACGGGCAGUACAUCGUCAGCGCGGGCCAUGACGCCGCGGUUCGUGUGUGGGACGCAGGUUCCGGGGCGAAUACGCUGGCGCAUUUUGGGCCGACGCUAAGAAAUUCAAAAUUGGAGACGAAACCGCUGCUGCUAAGCCCGGUGGAACAUACGAGGCCGAAGGGGGGGCUACUAGUGUAUCCAAAUGAGGGAGAAGUGGUUAUGUUUGAGCUGCAUGAGGGGAGGGUGGUCAAUAGGCUGCGCUUGCCUGGGCCAAGUGUGGCGGUUGUGAGGGCGCGGACCGGGACGGGGGAGAGAAGUGUGGGGAGGCGGGUAACGAGUUUGGCGUGGAGGGGGGUUGGGGAGGGGUUUGUGAGUGGUGGGAGUGACGGGGUUGUGAGGGUUUGGGGGCCGACGGUGGGUGAGGAUAUGGUGGACGAAGCUGUGGAGGGUGAUAGGGAUCGGAGAGAGGAAGGGGGGCGAGAAAAGAGAAAGAGGCAGGUGUUGGAUGAUGUUUUUAAAGACUUGACGAGGACGAAGAUUACGUUUGGGUAGGUAUGGGGUGGUAUGGGGUGGUAUGUGCAGGGAGUUCUGGUGGGCGUGUUUGGCUCCCUCUUAAUAUAAUUGUUCUCUAUAUAUCUAAGGAUAGACGUUAAGGUGGG